GUUUGUUCCACGGUGACACACGCACACAUUCAUGUUUUUGAUUGUAUUGCUUCAUAAAUAUUUUUCGCCUACGAUAGCCAUGCAGGAGGCAACCUGCGUUAGAAUUUUAAUAAAUUAAGUAGUUUUAUUAUAUUACAAAUUAUGGAGCAGAGCAAAUCUAAUUCACCCAAACUAUUUGUGUGCACCGCCAUAGAAAAUAAGGACGAUAUAGAGGAGAGAUACGAAAGAGCUUACAACUACUUUCAAUCGUUGGUCGCUGAUUGUAGUGAGAAAGAAGCUCAUGAUGCAUUGAAUAAUGCUGUGUGCAAAAAUCAUGAAGAGGUUUCACUGGGAAUGCUUAUGUCUAUUCUCACAGAGCCGCACAACGCUACCAAAUGCUACAGAGACCUUACUCUUAUCACUAGAGAUGGAUUAACCUGCAUACUCAACAAUCUAUCCACUUUGAUACUAGACAGAUAUUUAAAAUUUCAAGACACUACUCGCAAUCAACUUCUGUGGCUGAUAAAGGAGAUGAUAAGAAAUGCUGUUACUGGAGUAGACAGUGUUUGUUGGAAUCUAAUGCGGUAUGCUUCAGGAGGUGACAAUACACCUAAAAAUAUAAUCUUAGUAGAAUCUCUAUUGGAUAUUUAUAUUGAAAAUCGGGUAUGGUUAGAUAAAUUUCCAGUACUUAUCUGCAUGGUGGUGUAUACAUACUUGAGAUUAAUUGAAGAUCAUAACAUACCACAACUUAUGAACUUGAGACAAAAAGAAGUUAAUUUUGUGAUUGCUUUAAUAAGAGAACGCUUUGCUGAUGUAUUGAACCUCGGUAGAGAUUUGGUGCGUUUACUCCAGAAUGUUGCUCGCAUACCAGAGUUUAGCCAACUCUGGCAAGAUAUUUUGAUGAACCCUAAAUCAUUAUGUCCGAGUUUUACAAAUGUUCUGCAGCUGCUGCAGUCAAGAACAUCUCGAAGAUAUUUACAGUCAAGACUUACGCCUGAUAUGGAAAGAAAAUUAGUCUUUCUAACAUCCCAAGUAAGAUUUGGCCAUCAUAAAAAGUAUCAGGAGUGGUUUCAGCGGCAAUAUCUUGCUACUCCAGAAUCACAGUCUCUCAGAAGUGACAUGAUUCGAUUCAUUGUUGGUGUUAUACAUCCUACAAAUGAACUCCUGUGUUCUGAUAUCAUUCCGAGGUGGGCUGUCAUAGGAUGGCUCCUCACAACAUGUACAUCAAAUGUAGCCGCAUCAAAUGCAAAACUUGCUCUAUUUUAUGACUGGUUAUUUUAUGAUCCUGAAAAAGAUAAUAUAAUGAACAUUGAACCUGCUAUUCUUGUCAUGCAUCAUUCUAUGAGAUCACAUCCAGCUGUAACAGCAACUUUAUUGGAUUUUUUAUGUCGAAUAAUUCCAAAUUUUUAUCCUCCAUAUGCUGAUAAAGUAAGGCAAGGCAUAUUUAAUUCACUACAACAAAUUAUAGAAAAAAGAGUAUUACCUAAUUUACAACCACUGUUUGAUUCGCCUAAAUUAGAUAGGGAAUUACGUACAACUGUCAGAGAAACUUUCAAGGAAUUUUGCAGCAAUGGAAAUGGUGAAGGUGUAUCAGGGAUCCGUGAAGAAGGCAAUGAAGAAGGAGGUCCCAUACUUAGAGGAGGUCCAGAUGAACCCGCAUUCUCAGAUGAUGAAGAUGAUACUCCUGCAAAUAUAGCAGAAGAUACUGAUGAUGAUGACUUACCAUUAUCUGAGGUCCGUGCACGUGAACGACCAGAAUUGGCUGCUGCUUUGCCUUUAGUUUUAAGACCAUUGGCAGAGACACUAUUAGAUGAAAGGUCGUCUACAGCCGCUACCACUCUACUUAACGCUUGUGGCUCGCCAAUGCCAACACCGGCUGCUCUCGCUGACCUAUUCACUGCAGCAGUCCAAGAUGCGCCUCCUUUGCGCGUCAGUCGUAAUCCUACCCCUACAGAACUUGAUUCCGCAUUGAAUUCACCAAUAUUCUCUAUGUUCCCAUAUCUUUCCGUGACUGGAGACUGGACUGAAGCCAAACGAAAGCUCAUAUUGGAAACUUUCAAAGAAAUCCAUAGUCAGAAUUCAUUUCUUUCUGUAGGACUAUAUUUAUUGUUUUAUUUAAAAGUAUGCUAUGAACGUGAGUGUCGCGCCGAACGUGAUUUGGGACGAAGACGAGAGGUGAAAUUCAAAGCGGAAAUGUAUAGCGAAUAUUGUAAUUUCUUAGAAUUAAAAUUAGGUGACAGUUUAGCAGAUGAUUUUGAAAAAUGCCAGGAGUGUGACGCGAACGUUCUAGUUUGGUUGAUACCAGAUGUUUACCGAGAAUUUAAAGAACAAUCACAAAAUCAUAUAAGAUUGCUGCAUGCUAUAGUUUCGACAUUAGAUGCUGGCCAGUUACAACGCUUAGUGUGUCUUACAUUACAAGGGAAUUUAAUGAUGUUUAAAUCUGACGACAUUACCACAAUGCUGUCUACUAGUCUGGGCUGGGAGACAUUUGAGCAAUAUUGCCUUUGGCAACUUUUGACUGCACAUGAUAUUUCAGUUGAAGAUGUUUUACCGAUAAUUCCUAAGCUGUCCUAUAAAGACCAUGCUGAGGCUCUCACAUCUGUUUUGCUUAUGUUGAAACAAGAAAAACCUAAUACCGAUGUCUUGCGGCAAUUGUUCUGCAGAUCCAUAGACGAAGAAGACACUUUUGUUGUAUCCACAGUAAUGUAUUGGUGUCAAGACUAUGAGGACAAAGUAGGUGAUUUGGUAUCAGUUUUGUUGAGUACAAGAUAUCCAGGCACUAGCCCCAACAAAAGAAAACGGCCAAGCAAACACAGCAUACCGCCGAAUGCUCCUCCGUCUGCUGAACUGGUACUAGGCCACUUGGAGCAACUGCGGGUAUGUUGUGUAGAACAAGACGACAUGUCAAUUUUCAAUAUGCAGUGUAUGCAAAAAGCUCUGCAGCAAGCACAAUCGAAUAGUAGCGAUAGUAUAAGGAGACAAUAUAGUGAUUUAUUCUGUCUAGCUUUGGAAGACGAAUUACCAAUAUCAAGGCGAGCUCGAAAGUUAAUUUCAAAUUCGCUGCCUAUCAAUCAAAACUUGCAUUCAUCUAAUGAAGACAGUGAGGAGGAUGAAAUUGUCAAGCCUAAACAAGCAAAACGUCGAAAGAAGGCCAUUUCGGAUAGCGAUUGACAUAUCUCAUGUAAAAAGAAUGGUAAUUUUAGACACCAAAGUGCAACUCUACAAUACAAUAAAUAUUAGUAUUGUAAAAAACAGUAUAAUUGUUACCCUAUGUUAUCAUAUUGAUCAGGUGCAAUUCCAAGAAUGGUACCUUAAUUCGUGGCUCAUAUGUUAGUCUUGUGUUGCAAUCGCCCCAUGAUAGUACUGCUAAAAUUUAAUAUUUUUAUGCACUGCAAACUAAUAAGUAGUAAAUCUAUGAUUCGGCAUGACGUGACAUCUUAGCGUGCAAAACCAAACUUUUGUUGUAAAAGAUACCUAUUCUUGCAAUACGCGUGUUUAAUUUAAUUAGUGUAUAAAUAACAGGAAAUAUUAAUUUCCUUUGAAACACAGUGGUUUGGUUAUGUACAUAUCUUUUGCCAAUAACAGAUAAAAAAGUAAGUCACUGGUCAUGCACUGUAAAUUUUAGCACCGUAAAAUAAUAAUUAUUAUUAUGUGUAAAGUUAGGUACCUUAAUAUUGUACAGUUUUUUUUUAUCCUAAUUACCGUGUCGACUUUUAAGCAUAAGGUGACCAAGAAUUUUAUUCGAAGCAUAUUGCGAUUUUGAAAUACAUUUUACACUAAGAUCAAUAAAGUAUUUCCCCUUU